UUGCGACGCUCAUACGAACGACUUAGCCACCACUGUACGGCGGCUGACAGCACGCGGGUUUCUACACUGAAAUUAUCGACGGUCAGUGCAUUUUUUACGAACAAAAGACUUUUCAACAAUCAACAUGUCUUCCUCAGUCGCGAGGGCCUCCAAAUACUCCUACCGGUCAACCGGUGGAACGGCCAACGCCGAUGUCAGCAUCGAAUACAGCGCUGACCUGACUGCUCUUUCCAGAUUAGAGGACAAAAUUCGUCUUCUUCAGGAUGACCUCGAAGUAGAAAGAGAACUUAGAGCAAGAAUUGAAAGGGAAAAAGCUGACCUCAGCGUUCAAGUCAUCCAACUUUCUGAACGUCUGGAAGAAGCCGAAGGUGGUGCUGAAAGCCAGUUCGAAAUCAACAAGAAGCGUGACACCGAAUUGUUGAAACUUCGCAAAAUCUUGGAAGAUGUCCAUAUCGAAUCUGAAGAAACUGCUGCCAUCCUCAAGAGGAAGCACCAAGAAAUCGUCGUCGACUUCCAAGAACAAAUCGACGUCAUUACCAAGGCUAAAUCCAGAGCUGAAAAGGAAAAGAGCAAAUUCCAAGCUGAAGUUUACGAACUCCUUUCCCAAGUGGAAAGCUUGAACAAGGACCGAUUGAUGUCCGUGAAACACGCCGAAAAAUUGGAAAUCACCAUCAGCGAAUUGAACGUCAGAAUUGAGGAACUUAACCGCACCAUCGUCGACAUCACCUCCCACAAGGCUCGUCUGUCCCAAGAAAACAUCGAAUUGACCAAGGAAGUCCAAGACAUCAAGAUCUCCCUUGAAAACGCCAACUACCUUAAGAGCCAGUUGGCCACCCAAUUGGAAGACGCCAGACGUCGCGCCGAAGACGACGAAAGGAGACGUUCCAUUUUGGAAGCCAACCUCCACCAAGUCGAAGUCGAACUUGAAUCCAUCCGCGUACAACUCGAGGAGGAAAGCGAAGCCCGUUUGGACUUGGAACGCCAACUCGUCAAGGCCCAAGGCGAAGUUGGUGUUUGGAGGACCAAAUACGAAUCCGAGGCCCAAGCCAGAGCCGAGGAAGUCGAGGAAAUCCGUCGCAAGUUCACCGUCAGGAUUCAAGAACAGGAGGAGCACAUCGAAGCUCUCUUGGUUAAAGUCAACAACCUCGAAAAGCAAAAGUCCCGCCUCCAAUCCGAGGUCGAAGUGCUCAUCAUCGACUUGGAGAAGGCCAACAACACCGCCAGAGAAUUGCAGAAACGCGUCGAACAAUUGGAAAGGAUCAACAUCGACCUCAAGACUCGCCUUGACGAGACCGUCGCUUUGUACGAACAGGCCCAACGUGAUCUCCGCGUUAAGGUCCAAGAACUCCAACGCACCGUCCACGAAUUGGACAAGACCCGCGAGCAAAAGGACCAACUUGCCCGCGAAAACAAGAAGUUGGCUGAUGACCUUCAUGACGCUAAGGCCACCAUUAGCGAAUUGACUCGUCGUCUCCACGAAUUGGAAUUGGAACUCCGUCGCUUGGAGAAUGAGCGUGAUGAACUCACCGCCGCAUACAAAGAGGCUGAAGCUGGCCGCAAAGCCGAAGAACAACGCGCUCAACGUAUCGCUGCUGAACUUUCUCAAUUCCGCCACGAAGCUGAGAAGCGUCUUCAAGAGAAGGAUGAAGAAAUUGAAGCAAUCCGCAAAGCUACCAGCAUUGAAAUUGAACAACUCAAUGCUCGUGUUGUUGAGGCCGAGACCAGGCUUAAGACCGAAGUCACCCGCAUCAAGAAGAAGCUCCAAAUUCAAAUCACUGAAUUGGAAAUGUCUUUGGAUACUGCCAACAAGACCAACAUUGACCUCCAAAAGACCAUCAAGAAACAAUCCCUCACCUUGACCGAACUCCAAGCUCACUACGACGAAGUCCAACGCCAAUUGCAAGUAACUUUGGAUCAACUCAGCGUCUCCCAGAGAAGAGUACAGUCUCUCACUGCCGAAGUUGAGGAGAUCAGAGGCAAUUACGAAUCUGCCCUCCGUGGAAAGAGACAAGCUGAGCAAUUGUACGAGGAAGCUGGAACCCGCAUCAACGAACUCACCACCAUCAACGUCAACUUGGCCUCAUCCAAGAGCAAGAUUGAACAGGAAUUGUCCGCUGUUGUUGCUGAUUACGAUGAAGUCACCAAGGAACUCCGCAUUUCUGACGAACGUUACCAACGCGUCCAGACUGAAUUGAAACACGUCGUCGAACAACUUCACGAAGAAUCCGAACGUGUUGUCAAGAUCGAAGCCAUCAAGAAGAGUUUGGAAAUCGAGGUCAAGAACUUGUCUGUCCGUCUGGAAGAAGUCGAAGCCAACGCCAUCGUUGGAGGCAAACGUAUCAUCAGCAAAUUGGAAGCUCGUCUUCGCGAUAUGGAAGCCGAAUUGGACGAAGAAAAGAGACGUCACGCUGAAACCAUCAAGAUUUUGAGGAAGAAGGAACGCACCGUCAAAGAAGUCAUGAUCCAAUGCGAGGAAGACCAAAAGAACAUCGCCAUUUUGCAAGAAUCAUUGGAGAAAGCCAGCCAAAAGAUCAACCUUUACAAGAGACAACUCCAAGAACAGGAGGGUGUUUCCCAACAAAGUGUAACCCGCGUGCGCCGCUUCCAGAGGGAAUUGGAAGCCGCUGAGGACCGUGCCGAAACCGCCGAAAGCAGCCUGUCAUUAAUCCGCGCCAAACACCGCACUUUCGUCACCACCAACUCGGUACCCGGCUCCCAAGUCUACUUGGUCCAGGAAAGCCGAACUGCCGAGAUUUAACUGCCUUAAAACCAUAGCAACUAAUAGAUCUGAUCAGUCCGUUCGAGUCAUUAUCCAAACAUGAGGGACUGAUCAGUCGAUUCUAUCACCAUAUAUAAUUCAUUUUUUAUUUUAAUUUAUUUUUCUUCGUUCGUGCACAUAAUAAUAAAAAAAAAUACAUAUAUGUAAUACCACUCUCUUUGAAAUGUUCACAAUAAACGAAACGUACACAUUUCGUACAAAACUCAAGCGAUUUAUAUUUGUUUCUUGUAUCGCACAUGUAGAAAUUUUGAAUCGAGAACGUAAUGAAAUCUGUAGGUUUCUGAAUGCUAUCAAGAUCUGUAACAAUAAAUACAGGUGUUUUGAGAUGUAAUAUGUAAGUUUGAAUGUACUGUGUAAGAAUAAAUUGCUUGUAUACAUA